AUGAUCUCCAUCAGGCACACUCUCUUGAUCGCUAUUACCUUCGCUAGCUUCGGCGUCCUCGGCGUGCAUCACGCUCAUGCCGUGACUGAGGUCACACGCGAAAUUAACAUCCUCGACAAACUCGUUCUCGACCAACCAAUCAUAGAUAUCAGCGAGAUUCUCACCAAACACCUGGAUUUUCCCGGCUGUAUUGGCAACCUCUGGCCCGGCAAUCUCACCAUCAACGUUUGCAAGACUUGGUUCACAAAGCUGAGUCUAGAUGCCAAGGACUUGGAGACUUGGAAUGUGACUUACCCUGAUGUUUAUAUCUCUCAGACUCAGUUGUGCGACGAGCCCUGGGUCAUGUGUCGCCACAAAAACGCACCCUACAGCAUGCAGAAUACCUCAUACUACUUCGGCCAUAUCCCCGUCCACAUGCGCACCCACAUCCACCACGUUAUCGCGCUUCCCGCAACCAAUCACGGGGGGAAAUCCGCAAUCAAUGAACGCGACAAUGUAGUUUUGCAAGGGAAUCCGAGUUUCCAUGAUAUGCUUGCCGCAGUUGCGAAGAGUACUGCGAUGUAUGGUUACCCAGGGAUUGUUGGGCCAUACUCUGAUAGCAAAAACUGGCUUGACGCCUACAACCACGACUCCGCCAUCUGCAACCCAGUUGCUUCCUUAAACCAGCUAGAGAAUCUGGCCCAAGAAACUGUCAUGGCGCUCGUCGACCUCCACACCAUGACCGGUAUGUCUGGGAUCUCAACGGAAUGGAAGAAGAUCCAAAACCAAUAUACGCAGAUCCAGAAAGAUAUCUAUCUGGAUGCGUUGAAACCCGGGAAGGGGGCGAAGUGUCUAGCAAGGGAUCAGGUGAAUAGUGGAGCUGUUGAGAUAUAACAAGGGCUACGGGGAUUGAAGCGUG